CUCGCCGCUUCAAAUCUCUCCCCCCGCCCGCCCCAUUUCUUUCGGCCGCCACGCCGACUCGCUGGCCUCACAUAGACGACUCUCUCUUGCUACAUCUGCCGCUCGAGAGUCUUUUUUAUAUACCCCAACCAAAACCCGCCAUCAUUUCUCUCACUGCGUCGUGUCGCCCUGACUACGACCGACGCCAAUAGGAAAGGUUUUGUCGUGGGGGUCGAAGCUACAGAGCAGAGAGCUAGCUGCCAAGCGUGCCCUGUUAAACCAGCAUCACGAAAAUCCAUAUAAUCCCCUGCUCACGACUCUCUUCUCCAGCGAUCUUCUCUUCUUCUUCUCCUUGUUCCUCUUCUGUUCAGGUUUUCACGACGCACAAACAAACGAAACCGACGGGCGAGCGAACUGCAUCUAUCCGCCGCCGUUGCCCGGCAUGACCUCUCAACUGAAUUACGACGAAAUGUAUCACGACCCAACAAACCGCUCGACUCCCGCAGGAAACGCGAACCGCCCAUACCCAAAUAUUGGUGGAGGCGGAGGUGGCCAGCGCGCCGUCUCGAGCAACUUUGACCCCUACGCACAACAACAGCAGGGCCAGGGAUACCUGCAAAACGAGUACGCCGCCAUGCGCUACGACGCCCAACGCCCCGAUCGCCUCCCCCAACCCCAGACGCUCUACCAGGCCCCGGCCUUCAACGCCUACGAUGGCGCGCAGACAUGGAGUAACAAUCCUUCCGCGGCCUUUAGCACAACCAUGGGCCCGCCCUCGCGGAACCGAGCACAGGCGCGGAGGGGAGCCCUGCCAGCAACCUGGUUAGACCAGCCACAACAGCAGAAUGCGCCGUACCCCAGCCUGCAGACCCAGCAACCAAUGCAGGGCAUGCCGAACGGACACCAGCCGUCGAUGUACCACGCGUCCCAGUUGGCGCAGCCGCAGCGACAAGACCGCCAGGCCGCAUCGACCGAGGACAGCGCCUCCGAGGAGCUCAUCCCGACGGCUAUUGUCAUAAAGAAUAUCCCGUUUGCUAUCAAGCGCGAGCAGCUCACGGAUGUGAUGUCCGAAAUGCACCUGCCCCUGCCCUACGCCUUCAACUACCACUUUGACAACGGCGUGUUCCGCGGACUCGCAUUUGCGAAUUUCUCAAGCCCAGAGGAGACGGCGGCCGUCAUCGACGCCAUGAACCACAUGGAGCUGCAGGGCCGCAAGCUGCGCGUCGAGUACAAGAAGAUGCUACCGCUGCAGGAACGGGAGCGUAUCGAGCGCGAGAAGCGUGAGAGGAGGGGACAGCUCGAGGAGCAGCACCGUCCUAUGCAGAUGGGCGUGCACAACUCGGCUUCCAUCUCCUCUUUGUCUUCUGCCCUGCCUGCUUCGCCAUCGCCGGUGUCCAUGCGCGGCCAGCAAGAGACGAAAAUCGACAUGAACGAUGCCACGACGCUUGACUACUACGGCCGCCUCGUUGUCUUCAAAGACGACGAGACCAGACGCAUGUUCGUCGUCGAGCCUCCCGUGCCCGCGACCUACCGCCGCGUCCUGCACGAACUGGCCCACAAGCUUGGCCUUGAGCACGAAUCCGCCGGAACCGGCGACAUGCGCCACGUGCAGAUCUUCAAAGACAAGCGCAGCAACCCGCUCUCCAUGUCAUCCGGCCUGCUCUACAACGACACCUCACGCCGCGGCCUCGCCCGCGCUGCCACAAUGGACUUCAACGAGUCGCGUGACCCCCUUUACCACACCCUGCGCAACGCCUCCUCGGCCCUCCUCGAUGUGCCAAGCUCUCCCGGCACCCUGAACGGUGCCCCACGCUCGCUGCGCGAAGCUAAAUCCUUCGGCGACCUACAAGCGCGCACCUCGUCUCCCGCGCUCUCGAGCUCCUCUUUCCCCGCCAACCUCUCCCACAACGCAGCGCGCUACGCCGAUUACCAAAACACGGCGCUUCCCCCGCGCGACGACUACCUGCCCACCGCCUUUUCCAACCUGGCGCUCGGCUAUGAGCGCGGCGGCACGGCACCACGUAUCCCUACCGCCGGCGCGAUCGGGUCGCAGCGCUCGUCGCACGGGCUGGCGACGUACGAGGAUGUGCAGCGUGGUGGGGCUGCGGGAGGCGGGGCCGUGGAGCGGCAGCCGCGCGGGCCGGGGUCGGAGUGGGGAGCUGGAUUUGCGAGGGCGCGUGCGAAUGGACAUGCGAGCCGGGGGAGUGGAGAGUUGGAUUUAGGCGAGGUCGAGGCGGAGACGAGACAACAGCAGCAGAAGCUUGAUGGCGGCGGUGGUGGUGGUGGGGUGUCGCUUUUACGAUACGAUGUUUCCUCAUGA